AUGAUUCCCCACGUUCGUUCAGUUCUGGGCCGUCUGGGGCGCCAGGUACGUGCACCUCUGGGACUCAGUGCUCGACCCGUGAGAGUCUGGCACCGCGAUCCGAGGAUUCCCAGCUGGUCGCACCGCUAUAUUUGCUGGGUAGGUGCGCUAGCAUGUUCGGAGCAGCGUCUGCAGCGUCCACUCGGGAGCCUUCUGCAGAAGAUGUGUAAGAGAGGGCUUAGUAUGCCCUCAGCAACUCGUUCUAGUCCUUUGGAGACGGUUCCCGUUCCUACGAUGGGAGAGUCUAUCACAGAAGGUACACUUGUGGCGCUGUUAAAACACGUUGGCGACGCGGUGAAAGAGGACGAGGUUGUGGCACAAAUCGAGACGGAUAAAGUCACGGUUGAUGUUCGAUCUCCUGUAUCUGGAGUAAUACGGGAGAUCAUGGCAGCCGAGGGUGACAACGUUACCGUUGGUAAGGACUUGUUCCGAGUUGAGGUGGGCGCACAAGGCGAAACAGUCGCGGCACAGCAGCGCCAGGCAGAAAAGCUUUCUCAGAGUGAACCUGAGCCCAAUCACAUCGAGCCGCAAGAAGAGCGAUCAGGAGGGCCAGCAGGGUCGCCACCGCCACCACCGGCAGACGUUGAGCACGGUGAAGAGCACGCAGAGGCAGCGGCUGCGCAACUCACGGGGCGCUCUGUUGUCCAGCGUGGAGCAGCGGCAGCUGCAGCUGCAGGCGCGCUCCUGCAACAGGACGAAGCCGGCGAGCGUCGUGUUCCCAUGAGCCGCAUGCGGCGUCGUAUUGCAGAGCGGCUUAAGCAUGCUCAGAAUACUGCUGCUAUGCUAACGACAUUCAACGAAUGUGACCUGACGAGCCUUUCGGAAAUGCGCGCAAGCUUUAAGGAUGGUUUCGAGAAACGCUAUGGGUCAAAACUGGGAUAUAUGAGUGCCUUUGUGAAAGCCUCAGCGAUUGCACUCGAGGAGCAACCUGAGGUGAAUGCUGUAAUCGAUGGCGAUGAAAUUCUCUAUCGAGACUACGUGGAUAUAUCUGUCGCAGUAAGCACGCCUACCGGACUUGUGACCCCGGUGCUGCGUGGAGUGGAGAAGAUGAGCUUUGCGGAUAUUGAACUGCAGCUGGCCGAUUUUGCAAAAAGAGCUCGAGAAGGUCAGAUUCAGUUGGAGGAGCUCCAAGGCGGUACGUUCACGAUCUCGAACGGAGGCGUAUUCGGCAGUCUUCUCAGUACCCCCAUCAUUAACAUGCCACAAUCGGCAAUUCUGGGCAUGCACGCGAUUCAGAGACGGCCAGUCGUUGUCGGAGACGAGAUCGCUAUCCGGCCUAUGAUGUAUUUGGCCCUGACGUACGACCAUCGCUUAAUAGACGGUAGGGAGGCAGUGACGUUUCUACGUAGAAUCAAAGCGCUCAUUGAGGAUCCGAGAAGAAUGCUAGUUGGCGUUUAUGGCUUUUGA